CAGCAGUCACGAAGGCUGUAUCGAUUUUGUUUACGCGCACAAAGUUUUACUCCAUGAACAUUUUAUCCAGGUUACUUUGGAGCUGGGCAACUGCGUGAUCAGCACGGAGUUGUAUUGCUUGCUCCUCAGACAAGAGCAAAUUUUUGGAUAGGAUACAAAGAAAGACAGGAUAUGGUCAUAGGAUAUAGCUGCUGCGGGAAAGGAAAUCUCGACAAAGCACUUGUCCAAGAGUUCUGAGCAGCAUGGGUCCGAGCUGGAGUAUGCUCCUCGUCCUGUUCACGCUUGUGCUUUUGCACACUUCAACCGGACAAGAGCGACCUGAUGAUUGGGAGAGCGAAGGGUCUCUCAACCGGCAGCCGGCGCCAGGGGAGGCCGGCUUCGACCUGGACAAGUUUGCCGCUGAUGGGGGCAUCGAGGAUCCGUUCGGUGGCGGCGAGUGGCGGGAUGAACAUGACGAGCGAUUUGGGGAGGAAGAUGACGAAGAGGAAGGAGGAAAUGGUGGAGAUCAUGAUGGUGAUGACGGUAGUGAUGACGGUGGUGAUGACGGUAGUGAUGACGGUAGUGAUGAUGGUGGUGAUGACAGUAGUGAUGACGGUAGUGAUGACGGUAGUGAUGACAGUAGUGAUGACCCUGGUGAUGGUGGCUGCGACGACUGUGACGAUUGGGAUGACGACGAUGACAACAUUUUCGCUGAUCUUUUCCAAGCUCCCGGAGUCAUUAUUAAUGAUUUCACGUUCGAUGAUGCUGUGAAUGUCUUCGGCGAUGCCGCCCGAGCCGACACGAUCCUGCAGUCCGUCGGCGUCGUCUGCGAUAACCGAAACAGGAUCGGCAUCGAGCUCCCGGUCGAGGUAGACGAGGUGUGUGGCCUAGUGGGUACGGCGUUAGGCAACAACCAGCCUGUCACCGGCAUCGAAGAGUUCUGUGACGGUCUCAUCACUGAACUCUUUGGUGACGAUGAGGAAGAUGGGGACGGAGGGGACGGGAGACGGAAAAGGAGAAACACCAGGGACGAUGAUGGUGGCCAUGAUGAUGGCCAUGACGAUGGCCAUAACGAGGAAGAAGGACGAGGAAAUAGAGCCGGUGAUUUUUUCUUCCGUGAACUAUCAAUGAAGCUGUCUCUUGAAUUUGGGGACAAUUUGCUUGAAAGUGAAGGCUACUGUAAUGGACUCGCUAGUUUUAUCGAUGGUGAUAGCCGGUCAGGUAAAGAUAUCACUGAUACUGUGAUUCGUUUGGUGGUCAGCGUCGCCUUAGAGAUGUGGUCCCCACGCUGCGGUUUCUACAAUGGUUCCCGUGAAGAUUGGGAUUCCUCGAGAUCCUUGGGAUCCUUCAAUUCCACGGGAUCUUCCGAUUCCUUGGGAUCCUUCAAUUCCACGGAAUCCUCGGAUUCCUCGGGAUAUUCCGAUUCCUUGGGAUCCUCGGAUUCCUGGGGCUCCUCGGAUGAUUUUGGUGAUAUUGAUGUGGACGUAAUACUCGCUUUGAUCAGUGGUUACAACAGCUCGCAUGCACUCUGCGAACACGUGUCCGUCAAUCAGUCUGACUUUAGUCAGGCCAACGAAGAGUUGAUAACGAACGUGACAAAUUACUUGAUUAAUCUCGCUUACAAUGAAGACGAAUGCAAUCGGGUGGCGGGAGAUGUCAUUUUCCCCGUACUUGUUGAUGAUGAUGAUGAUGAAGCGUCAGCCUCCAAUAUGACGGCGGAAUUGUGCAGCAUGUUGGUAGGCGCAUUCGGCGACAAUUCCACAGGUGGUAUUUUUGUUGGCAAACAAGACAUCGUUGACUACAUUUUGGAACUCGGACAAAUGUUCAAUUCGUCUUCACCCGGCAAUUAUUCUGAGGGACCGCCAAUGUUUAAUCUGACUCUUGGCGCCAACAACACUAACGAUAUGCUGUUGCGCUGGUAUUCGGUGUUCGACACGUCCUUCUGGGGACCCUACGCUGCAUUCAACUACCUCAGACCAGAUCAGUUUAUUCAGAUUUUCGGCCGCAUGUACAAUGCUCAGAACGCCGGGGAGGCAUUUACUGUGCUGUGCGAUUCCCUGUCACCAGAAAUACGCGGUCCAGACCUGAAUGAGAUGUGCGAGAGCGCAUCCAAUCGGCAGUACGAUGAUGUCAGGGAAGUGUGUAGUUACUGGGGCUAUUAUGGUCUUGUGGAACUUUUCGACUGGGAUGCGUACUGGGAGGUGUUUUACCUCGAUUGGUACUUGGAGGAGUGGGACCGUCAACAGAAUGAGACAUGGUACUGGUUCAAGGAUGGAGUCCGUUGGCCUGUGUUGGGGGAGUUCGAAUUAGAUUGGAACCCCUUUGAUUUGUGCAAGUUCUUCGGGGAGGAAAUCGUCAAAACCCCGAAUCAGGUCGAAGACGAUAUUUAUCGGGGACUUGAGAGAGUGGUCCUCAGAGCUAUUAACUCAUUGAUUUACGAACCAUGCGAUGUUAUCAGAAACAACAGAUCAUCCGAUUUCGUCAACAACUUUGGAAAUGACCAGCCCGAACCAAAGAGCAUCAAUGACUAUACGCUGUCUCUGUUAACGUAUGUGGGUGGGUUCGAUGCACCAUCUGCCUUUUGCACUAGCAUGUACGAUAUCAACGACGACUGGGAGUUCUGGAACAUCAAAAUUGACCACAUAAGAGGCUUAUUAGACAUCAUGAAAGAGAACGUGGAGUUAGUGGCGACUGACGAAGAAACCUGUGGGGAAUUCGUCUCAACUCUGACCGACUUUGAUCCACAGCUCUCGAUCCCCGAAUGGACUGGAUUCGCAGACGCUGAUUCGCUCUGCGUUGCACUGGUUGAUGCCACUCAGGGUGACGGGCCGCCAGUUGAAUGGUCAAGCUUACUGGAUGCGGCUUUGAACGCCGAGUCCGCUGGCUCGUCAGAGCUGCCACCAGGAUUCCUUAUGGAUGGUCUUCCGCUUAAGAUUGUACUUUCCUCACUGGGAACCAUAUGGAACAGUGAAACCGUAAUCGAGGGCAUGGCCGUCGUGUGUGACAAUCUGGUUCCUUUGGUUGAAGAGCUCACCGGUCUUGAUUCUAAUGAGAUCAAUGAUUUGUGCGGCGCUCUCAGAGCAACGGAUAUUAAGGCAGUACGACAGAAAUGUGAAGUUGUCGCCGUUCCCUACUUCUAUGGAGAGCAUUAUCCAACCUCUGGCAUGGCAGAGCUAGACGGUGAUGCAGUACUUCGGAUUGUCCAGGACGUACUUGGUUGGGAGAGCUUCGAGCAGGAGGGCAUCUGUCCCGGCAUCGAGUCACUUCUAAAUGCUGACUUCAGUUUCAUCGAUUUAAUAAUCACGAUGCUGCAGGAAGUCAUUCCCUUCAUCAGCACGGAAAGUGCGCUGCCCUUUUGUCGCAAUAAGGAUCAGAUUAAGGCCUAUUGGCAGCGCAGGGGUCCUUUUUAUGACGAGUCGAGCUCCGAUUACGACGAGAGACUUCGAGACGCUCCCAGACCGCACAUCGAGUACGAUCUCCUGGACCCCAUCCUGGGUGUGGUCACGGGCAUAGGUAGCAUCGACCGCAUCUGCGAUGCUUUGCUGGAAGCAGAUGAGGCAGGAGAAGCCUCACGGUUUUACGAUCGUGUCAUUGAUGGGUUGUUCAGUCUGGUCUCGAACGUCGACAGGUGCACCGUAGGCAUUAAGACUAUGCUGGACGUGUUGCUUCCUGAGUUGGAGGAUACCGAUAGUUUUUCCGUCGAUGUUGAUGAAGUACCAUGGGCUGAUCCAGUCUACUGGGCGACUGGCGAGAGAACGCCCAGGGCGGUGUGCACCAGGAUAGUAUUAGCUUAUACUGCUGGCCAAGAAGUAGGAUGUCGUGGCAUCGUUGACUGUGCCGGCACCUGUAACGGCAACGCCUUUGUCAACAACUGUACGGAGUGCGUAGGUGGCCGCACGGGACGGGCCGUCACCUUCGGCAUGGACCGGUGCGGCCUGUGCCGCAAGGCACGCGGUUACAGCGAGACCUGGGACUGCUACGGAACCUGUGACGGCACCGCAGUCGUCGAUCGAUGUGGUGAAUGCGUCGGUGGCUCAACUGGCCAGAGUCGCGAUGCUAACGACGGCCGGCUGGACUGCCGCGGUGUCUGCGACGGCGGUUGGGUGGCCGACACCUGCAACUACUGCGAGCCGCCGGCCAAGCAAGGCGUGGUGUACGACGGGGGCAGCAAGUACAAGGACUGCACGGGGAGCUGCGUCCGGCCGGGCUUCCCCAGGGCACAGGAAAAUGAUUGCGGGGCGUGCUGGGGUGGCAGCUCGGGGCUCGACGAGACGGAAGGCGUCAACGUCUGCGGCCAGUGCGAGAGCAGCUCUGUUGCCGAUGUGAACUCGUGUGCCGGAUGCGAUGGUGUCCCCGCAAGUGGUAUUGAAUACGAUGCGUGUGGAGUGUGUGGAGGGGAUGGGACUAAUUGCGUUGCUGUGGGGGUGGUGCUACCAAAUAUCGUCCCAAACGUCGAGACAAGGGUCCGCGUGGCCGGAGCGGGAUUCACCGCUGGCGCUUCAUUGACCUGUCUCUUCACGCGCAGUGGCCAGACAACAGAGGGCGCUGCCGCUCGAAUCGACACCACACUGCUGUGGUGCGAAGUCCCCGUGUUGACUCCAGGUGACUAUGAAGUGAGUGUUCGUCGCAACUCUGACCUGCCUUCGGAGAUCACCUCGACCCUCCGAGUGUUCCAAGAUGUUGAGGUGCUCAGUAUAUCCCCGACAACGUUCACUGUUAACCGAUCCGUCGAGAAUGUGGAAAUCACCGUUACCGUUGCGACAGGAGCAUUGGCAUUCUUGCGGGCAUAUUCGGCAGAAUGGAACGUUCUGCCCACGCUCUCUGUGUUCUUGGACAAUGGUUUCUUGAGGUCAUACAGUACGUUUGACUCAGACGAGACCAUGACGUUCCUCCUGGACAUGCCAUUUGAUUCCGGCUCUGGAAUUGUUGUACCGUCAGUCAAUUAUGGAGCCACAGCUCUUGGCCAGUACAGUGUCAAUGGCUAUGCCUACUUCCAGGCUCCAACCUUGGAGAACAUCCAGUUUUCUGAUUCAGGGGCAACCUUGCUGGUGACCUUUGACAUGCCGGUGGACUAUGAGAACCUUCGCUCGUGCCGGCAGAUGUUCAAUUCUGUCGAGAUGUUAGGAGUGGGCGCCCGCUGCCUGUGGCUGUACCCGACCGCCAUGCUCAUCCUCAUCGGCAAGGGCAACAAUCUGGUGGAAAUCGGUACUCCUAUGGCAGUCAAGCCUGACGCCUUGAAGGCCUUCCGCCAAGACUUCUCCCAUUCCGUGGAGUCCACGUCCUUCAGCGUCCGUGCUCCAGACAACCCCGUCCAGCCCGAGGCCAUAGUGACCGGUCCUCCUAAGCUGCCCAGCUGCGGGGAUAUCCGCAUCGAUGCCCGCCGGUCAAGGGGGAGUGGUGGCCGCGACAUGUCCUACUAUUGGGAAGUGGCCAGCACGGGCAGCACGUCCGCCUUAGACAGCGCGCUGAAUGACAUCAACACCAAUAGCCCCUCUGCCUCGCUCUCCAUGGAUGGUGACUUAAUGGACGCUGACACAGAUUAUGUCUUCACCGUCAAUGUGACAAACUUCCUCGGGGGCUCAGACCUGGCCUCUCUGACCGUCCACCGGACCGGCACCGCGGCCCCGGAGGUCAAGAUCCUGUCCAGUGGGGUCGACCUUACCUCAGUCCGUGUGUCUGACAGCUUUGAACUGACCGCACAUAUCAAGUUCUACUCAGAGUGCGUCCCUCCUGGUGAGACACUGUUUGAGUGGUCAGUCAACAACACCGACGUGGCUCUGAAUCUCAAGACGCAGUACACAAGAUCCCUGUACGUCCCUACCUACUCCUUACCAGCUGGUAAUUCCCUGACAUUCACGGUGCGUGUCUACAAGUCCAGCAAUCCCUCUGCAUACGUCGAGGCGUCCAUGGGAGCCGUCACUAUUUCCUCUCCCUUGGUGGCCAUCAUUCGUGGUCCGUCGGAGCUGACUAUCGGCAGGGAUAGCGGAGAGGUGGUCCUGGAUGGAUCGCUGUCCUACGAUCCUGAUGAGGAGGCCAGGGAGUGGACUUAUGAGUGGCAGUGUCUUCAGACCGAUGACAACAGUGCCUGCUGGUCCUACGACCCCUCCAGCAUCGGUACCCUGAUCAACAACGGUUCCAAUCUGGACGGAGCCUACCUCAGGUUUGAUGCGCUGAGUCUGCAAGCUGACAAGGCCUACACGUUCACCCUGGUCGCGUCAAAGGAGGCACGGUCAGCCUCUGCCACGGUCUAUGUUUCCGUUGUCAACGGUAACCCGCCCAAGAUUGAGAUUCCCCCCAGGCCUGACAAUGGCCAGGUCAAGGACAAUCGGCCGUUCUUCCUGAGUGCCAUCAUCAGGUACUCCACGGAGCUCUCCAACGUCACGUGGGAGACUACCGACACCGGAUCAGGCUAUGGCUUCCUGGACUUUGACGAUACGUCAAACUUGUUGGUACCUGCCACGGUCUUCCCAGCGGAAGACGGGGUGUCGGCGGCACUUCUGGUUGUCAAAGCAGGUGUGGUCAGCCGUGGUACUUCCUAUUCCAUCCGGAUCAAUGCAACCACCGUGGACGGUCAGACGAAUUCAGUCAAGACCUACAUCAGCGUGCUGUCUGGCCCGACAUCGUGCGACUUUGUACUGCCGGACAACUAUACCGAGUUUGAAGAGGUGACAUUUAGCAUUGAGAACUGCGUGUCAGAGGCAGAGCCAUUGCAGUAUCAGCUUCAUGUGGUCAAGGCAGACGGCAGCGUGUCAGCUUUCAAAGACACCACCCCGGAACCCUCGUUCACAUCGGUCGGUGCCCCACAACUGCCCAGCUCCAACAUCCGCAUCUACAUCAUGAAGGUAUGCGAUGGCAAUGAUAUCUGCUCUUUCUACGAAGGCAACGUGACCGUCUUAGAGAAGACAUCCUUCACGGCAUCUGAGGUCACUGCUUACAUCUCUGACCAAGUCAACACUCCCAAAUUUGCUGGUGAUUUCUCAUUGGCCCUAACCAACCUGAACAUGGUUUCUGAUCGGGGACUGGUCAGCCGACGGCGCAGACGCCGGACGGCCGCCCAGGACUCGACGUCCGACACCACCGCUGACCAGCUGGAACUGAUCCAGCUGACCAUCGACGAGACUGUCAUGACGUCCAGCCGGGCUCAGCUGCUGCUUGACCAGACGGAAUCGGUCGACCCGACCACCAUGGUGCUGGCCGACCAAAGUGACUUUGUGAGCUAUCUUGGGACCCUCAUCGAUGCGUUCUCUGAGGAAGACGUCCCGGUACCGGAGGCUAGUGCUACCACAGUCUCAGGCAAGCUGGAUGUCAUCAGUGAGGGCCUGGAUCCGGUCUACCACGAAAGCCUGCUGUCUCAAAUCAGCACGGUGAGAGGCAAGUUGGCUGCGUCGUUGGCCAGCGGUCUGUCUGUGGGCUCCCCACGCAGUGAGAUUGAAGGUACGGACGGUGUCUCCAGCGUUAUGAGAACCCUACUGAGUGAUCCCAUCGACUCCACAUCCUCUGGCACACCCAUCUCCAUCGACUUUGGCUCUGAGGUGGCCGGACUUUUCGGCGCCUCGUGGAUAUGCAGUUCCGGCGAAUCCUGCUCGGGCGUGACUCUCAAGAUCCAACACUAUGACACCGGUGUGGAUCUCCUGUCCACCGACCAGGAUCACAUCAACAAUCGGGUGGCUGACAUUCUGGAUAUUGAACUGGCCGACCCGGAAUCAGACGUAAAGUUGAACAUCAGCGGCCUCACCACGAAGGUCCAGCUGGGCUUCACCAUCACCAACGCGAUGUCAGAGGCGGACUACGAGUGCGUAUACUGGGACGGCAGCACCUGGAGCACGUACGGCCUGGACACAACGGACAACGGAGACGGGACCUUCACCUGCGCUACGGACCACCUGACCACCUUCACUGUCAUGGGGCUGCCCUGGCCGAGCGAUUCAACCACUGAGGCCAGCGACACUGUUACAAGCGUGCCUGAAGGUUUUCAACUGACGACCCAGCUUAUCAUCAUCAUUGCUGCCAGCGCUGCCUUAGGGCUGCUUGUCAUUGUCUUUAUCGCCGUCUUCAUCUGCAAAUACUGCGGCAAGAAGACCAAGGUGUCAACAACUGAUCUGCAGGCUGAAUCCCAGCGACAGCCACAGCCACAGCAGCCCCAGCUGCAGCUGCAGCCACAAAUGCAGCAGCAACCUGUAGUGGCAGUGAUCGGGAUCCCAGUGGUCCAAGGGCAGUACGGCAUGGGCUACGCCCAACCUAUGGCCACGGCGCCCAUUGACAACUUACCCAUGUACAACAUCCCCACCCAGGGGUACAGCACCCAGGCAGGCGCGGCCCAGCCUUACAGCGGCACCGUGGCAACCGCCCCACCCAGAGUCACCCUGGUCGGGCAGAAUAACAACCUGGUGGAGGUAGGCAUGGCGGUGGACGCACCGCCCAGCUACAGCGGAAAGGCGGCCAGGUCCAGUGAAAUGUCCAGUUAUGUGUCGGCUGUGACUACCGGCUUGCCCGGGGUGGGUGGCACUGAGCAUAUCCCCAUGAAGGCAGUGUCUGGGAGCAAGGCCUCUCUGACUGGCCAUUUUUAAGAGGAAUUAACACCCAAAAGGCUGUGAUUAAUUAAUACAACACUUGUGACUUUGAAAAGAAAAUGGUUCAAUAAUCUUCUAAGCAUCUAAACAAAACCUUCAUAAAUAAACUCUGGCUCGGCAAUAUUUACUGAGAUUCCAGAAUUUAUUUCUACACCACACAGUCGACACAUCCACCCUCAAUAAUCCAUUUUUCAAAAGGGGGCAAAAUAAUUGUGUAUUUGUGGGUUUGUUUAUGGUGUAAAUCCAGGACACACAUGUGGGGCAUCAUCGAAUAAUUGAGGACAGGAGUCAAAUCGAGGACAACCUUGAUUAAAAAACAUGUACAAAACUAAUGGGAGCUGUUAGAAAAAUAAAAUAUAGUAGAAAUAAAAGAUUGAUGAUGAGGAAUAGAACAUCCUUGAUAUGUACCCUUGAAACGUGCAUAAUAAUUGUUUUGAUAACCAAUUGUGCUUCAUCAACAGAUACUGUCUAGUUUUCAAUCAUAGUGCCUACUGUACUGAUAAACAGUUUUGAUGUUGUACAGAGGGCGCACUCAUGCAGAAUACCCAAAUUGAGCGUGCAAGUCUCGCCACUUCACGUUCAGUUGUUGUCUUGGUACCAAACACUCUAUUCUAGACAGUGACACAGCCACACCCAAAUAUCAGCAUGAUCGAUUGAACGGAAGUUUUCCAUUUUAUUUAAGUCAUCAAUUCGCAAUAUUUGCAGUAUGUUGUAAACCAUUCAUUAUUUGCCCUUGACUGGAAAAGUCUAGUCAGGACACAAAAGACGUGAAACAAUAGGACGUUGUAGAUCCAAUAUAUUAUGCAUGAAUGUACUGAAUUCCUAUAAAACUUCAACUUGCAUAUUUUAAUGUAAUAGCAGUAUAAUUAUGUGCUGAUGCUAUGAUUUCAACGACAGUAAAAGGUCGCUGUAUCAAAUACCACUUUACCCAACAUAUGGCUAUAACUAAUAAUUAUCUCCUUCGGCUCCGGGAUGUUACAUGAAAUUAUAAUGAGCAUUGAUAGACAAAACGUUCCAUAACAAUGACCACUACACCCAAAAUCUGUUGUCGACCCCACCGUGUUAGGAAAAAAGCGAUGUUCUACUGCAGUUGAACAAUUCUCAACUGUUUGGACGAGAGUGCCCUGAAAAAGUUAUCUGAAUUGUCGACACAAAAAGCUCCGAAACCAAUAUUCUGCAUUUUUAAUGUUUUGCAUGAUUCUCCAAGUUGCCUCAAUGAAGGGCAAAGAUGGGAAAAUACGGUUUAAAUUUUUUUGAAUGGGUAGAGACAGAAAUACAAUUGAGAAUGAUUAUUUGUUUACGCGACACUGGGCUAGAAUGACUCUUCAUCAAUCUGUGGAUGUUACAUAAUUGUAGUGGUAUGUUAAAGGGCAUAGUGCAACUUUUACAGAUUUAUAUCAAUAAAAAUUAGACGAAUGUGUGUGUUUUUCAGUUAUACAUAUAUAACUUUUAAGACCAAAAAAAAAGAAAAGAUUUGUUUGUAGAGUGAGUUUAUAACUUUAAGUAAACUAUCAAAAACAUAAAGAUGUGAAUUUUAUUUUAAUGUUGAUGUGGCAGUUUGGUUUUUAAGAAGUAGCGUAGCAGUUGGACUGGACUGAAAGAUUGUUGUGCUUUGGAUUGAUAAACAAACAGAAGUCAGAGGAAUGCCAAUAUUUAGUGAAAAUAAUGAGUUAUGUUUGUACAGUUGUUUUGUUUGUUAGUUGGUCAUCGCUAUUUUUUUGUACAAUCUAUGCAGUGAAAGGAUAAUGUGUUGGGAAUUGUUUUGUUUAUCCUAUGUAGCAGUUAUAUAACCUUUGUGUAUGCGACUUUUAUGUCUGGAGAUACAAACAGCAUUACUGUCACAUUCCACAUGAAUUUUUUUAAAGAUUUUUACCAAAUUCUUGCUCUUCUAUUUUUUUUCUAUUUCAAGAAAAGAUUUUCAUUAAGUCUAAAAUUCUGUUUUGUUUGUUCACAUAUUUUUGUACAUAAGAAAUUGAGGUAUUUUUGUGUUUAAUGAUUCCAUUUUUGUUGUGACAUUCAAAAGUAAUGUGUGAAUGUGUGCAUUGUUCUAUGUACAUGUAUGUGAAUAAUAUUGUGAUGUCCCAUGGCAAACCAGGCGGUUGCUGAUAAAAGAAAGAAACUUCCAGUCAAAAAAAGGAUUUUGCUCCCUUAUUACAAUGGGUGAAGUUACAAAUUUGAAUUUUGUAAAUCAGCUGGAAGGCGCCUGGUUUUGGCAUGGAUGGUGUAUUUGUGUGUAUAUUUGUAUAUCCAUUUGGCAAUUGGAUUUUUAAAAAAAGAUUUUGGAACUUUUGGAAGCUUUUUUUACAGAAGGGGCUACAAACCUAAAUGAUUGCAACCUCCAAAUUUGGAUGCAUUGGAACCGAAAAAACCCAAAUAUUGAGGUGAAACGGAAGUUAACAUUAUUUUACAGUGGGGCAGAUAGGGGAAAUAUUUGGGGGAAUUGUGCCUUUGAUGAUACAAGCAUGGCAUUUGGCACACAGUCAGAGUAUGUCAUGAGAAAGAUAUUUGGCUGUAGGGCCAUCGCAGAUUUGUCCUUUGAAAAAAAUAUAGGUAGAAUAACAAGCAAUUUUCAAGAUUUUCAAAAUGGCUGCCAUUGCUUGUUAUUCUACGUAUAUUUGUUCAAGAUAGCCAAUUAUCUUUCUCAUGACAUACUCUCUGUGCCAAAUGCCAUGUUUAUAUUAUCAAAGGCACAAUCCCAUCACCUGCCAAACUAUUAGAACAGACUCGUCAAAGUAGAAUGCUGUUGUAGCAAACCCCUUAUGUACAAUCAUAUGGAGCAAUGGCAGCAACAAUUAACAGUUCCAUCGUUUGUGAACUCAAUCAUUUUCAGUAAAGUAAUGCAAGUUUCAAAUCAACUUUUACUUUCUGUGACUGCACCUUAAAUUGAUUUAGAUAUAAUAAAAAUGAUAUAAAACUGCACACUCUCAUA